GCGAGGGAACCUCCGGGACAAGUCACAGAGACAAUAGGCUUCUAAACCUCAUCUGUAAAAUUAAAUCUAUUGUUGACGCAGAGAGGAGAGUGACCUGGGGAAACUACCGGGGCGGUAGACGAGCUUGGAGAAAACCGGAACCGGCAGCACUCGGUGUGAGCUCGGUGAGGUUUGUUUGGAUCGGAACCGGUUAGAUUGUUGUGUGUUCUGCUCAGGACCAGGAUCAAGCCAUAAGCCGCAGAUAUUUAAAUACCCGCGUCUGUGAUCAUUCUCGGCGAUCUAGGAUCUGAUCUACACGUCGGAUAAAUAUUUGUUCUUGUUCGUGGCUUGCGUCAGCUGAACACGGGUCAGUUGCUGUGUCAGGACUGUUAAUAACGACUGCAGCUUUAAAAGAAACAACAGAUCGGAGAACGGAGCCGGGCUUGUCGUCGUGGCUGAAUAAUAAAGUGCUGACGUCAGCAGCGGUUUGUGUUCCCGGUGGAUCUGUAACAGAUCCCGACUGAAUCAUUUAUACACGGGGUAAAAUGAGCUCGGAGGAAGCGACCGCGCCGAACAAAAACACCGCCGCCGAUGGGGACGGCAUGUCCUGGUGGUACCGGUGGGUGUGCAAGACUGCUGCUGUACUGGGCGGAGUCUCCUGUGCUGCGAUGGGUGUUUGGAACUGUGUGACUGUGAACCCCUUAAAUAUCGCCGCAGGAGUCUGGAUGGUGUUGACGGCGUGUGUGUUGUUCAUCUGUGAAGUCCCAUUCUGCUGUCAGUUUGUGGAGUUUGCGAAUGUCGUAGCAGACCGAGCGGACAGGAUGCGACCCUGGCAAAAAGCAGUGCUUUACUGUGGGAUGGCACUGUUCCCGGUGUUCCUCAGUCUGAGCAUCACCACUCUGUUUGGGAACGCUGUUGCCUUUGCUACGGGAGUGCUUUAUGGACUCGCUUCCCUCGGAAAGAAGGGGGAUGCAGUUAGCUACGCUCGGCUGCAGCACCAGAAACAAGGCGACGAAGAAAAACUUACAGGCACGACAGACGGCUCGACUCUGUGACUCCUCUCCCUUCUUCCGUUACCGCUCGUUCUUCUACCUCUUCCAUCCGUCUCUCCAUCUCUGUGUCUGGGAGAUUCUUCAACAACUCGUGUUGUGGUUUUAUUUAUCCUAGAUUUAUUACUUUUUAUUACAACAGGCCGUGUUUAUGUACGGUACUGUGCAAAAGUCUUCGGCACAUGCAAAGAAAGAUACCUUCAAUAAUAAUAAAAAGGUACUUUAAAGUGCAGUAAUAAACCGGAACAAAUUAAACAAAAUCACAAUUUAGUUUGAUGACCCUUUACUUU